UCAAUAUUUGGCGAUUUUUGUCUUUACGUCAGAACUGGUCUUGAAUGGCUACGCGAUGCACGACUGGAAUCAAUCUCAAGUCGAAGGCUGUUAAACAGGUAAACUGUGAAAGAAAUGGCGUCCCUGUGUGGCAAAGUGAUCAUUCUGACAGGGGCUGCAGGGGUCAUCGGGUCAAAGACAGCAACAUAUCUCGCCAAGUUCAAGCCCCGUCUGGUGCUGGCGGGUCGUAACAGCACAGGGUUGGAACACACGUACCGGGCGUGUAAAGAGCGAGGACUGAAGCGCGAUGAGUUGAUGCCAAUGGAAACGGACCUGAAGAGGGACUGCGAUCUCGAGAACCUGGUGUCCGCCACACUCAAGAAGUUCGGACAGAUCGACGUCUUGAUCAACAAUGCAGGUGUUGCUGCUUUCAAAACGUUGUGCCACACCGACAUCUCAGAGUUUGACUACAUGAUGGCCAUCAACGUGCGGGCGCCAUUGCUCCUGACCAAGAUAUGUGCUCCGCACCUCAUCGCUUCCAAAGGUUGUGUCAUCAAUGUUUCAAGUGUACUGGGGCAGAUUGGGAUGCCUCACUGUUUAGGCUACUCCAUGUCCAAGGCCUGUCUUGACCAUUUCUCAAGGACAGUGGCCGCAGAUCUUGCGCAGAGAGGCGUUCGGGUCAAUACCAUCAGCCCUGGCUUCAUGAGAACAAACAUCGGCUUGAAACAAGGCAUAGACAGGCAAAAUUAUGAAGAGUACAUGGCGAUCCAGGCUGCGAUGACACCUCUCGGGAGAUACGCUGAAGCCCGCGACAUCGCCAGAAUGAUUGCUUUCCUCGCCUCGGACGACGCCGCCUUCAUCACCGGGGAGAUCAUCCGCGUGGACGGUGGGAGAGGAGUCUCCGCCCCAAUCCUAAAGACAUACGAGGUGUUCGACGAGCCCGGCCUGUAGCGUCUAGCACUGAAAGAAAAAUUCUACCAAACCACCCCGUCCCUCUUUUAUAUUUACCCACAACCUCAUUUAAAUCUUCGAAAUCUCUGUUUCAUUGGUAUGUUCGUAGCUCUUUUUAAAAAACAAAGCCAGCAAAUAGUUACAUCGGACAUGCUCCUUGCAUUGUUGUUCGUCGGUGACGAUGAGGAAAAUCCAAAGUAAAGUAAAACAUAGAUAAAAAAAAUAAACAAACGAAAAAGGAGAGGGAGAGGGGUUUUAGAUGUUUUUUUCUUCUCGCCAUCUAACCUUCCACAGUUCUGGGAAUGAGUCAUUGUGUCCGGCAGAUUGUUUUGUCUGACGAAACGUUGUGCUAUUAUGUCGAAGCAGUUACUUUUUAUUCCAUCAUGCACAACAUGUUCUACAAUAGAAGCCGAAUAAUGACAUAACCACGAGGCUGAGCAAAAGCUGUUUCUUCUAAAUAAACAUUGGUGAUAGCACUC